AGUGAGUGAGGAAAGCUACCUGUCGGCAUGAAAUAAAUGUUGGGAGCCAAUGUGGGCAGGAAUCAAACAAGCUCACUCAGCGGGACAAGUCUGCAUCUCUCUGCUAAGACUGACUGACAGCCUUUCACAAGAACACACAAACACAUACACACUAGAGGAGACUUUACCUAAAGAAGCCUGAGAUCUACUGUCUUGGAAAGGAGUCAUGACCAAAGAGAUUGAGACUCUGGGACUGGUCCUUCAGAACGAGAGCUUCAACUACCAGCGCUACAAUAACUACAGCAUGGACUCCUGGGCCUACACAGAUAGCCUACUCGCAUACGACCAGUGCAAGACACCCAAAGAGCAGAAGAUGGUUGCAUGCAGCCGAGGCAGUAGUAUGUACAAGCCAUCAGAGAGGACUAUGAUUGGCUCCUCCCCCGAGCUGGUCUCCCUGGAGACGCCAGCAAACAUUAUGAAGCUGCUGUCCGAGAACAUUUCCUCCAACCAUCCCCAGGAGGCGCUGGAGCUGAACAGCAAGCUGUCACCCCUCUGUCCCCCCUCUGUCCCCCAAAACCCUCUCCCUCUCACUCCCAGUGCCGACACCUACCACAAGCAGGUCAUCAACAACAUCUUCGACUCCUUGCUCUCCCAGAAGUGGCCCACAGAGACAGCCUUCCCUGAGGCCACCACUGAGCAGACUCUACCCUACAGCGAUCCCUUUGCCGAGCAGCACAGCCCAGUUUACUCUGACUCUUACAGCAAAUCCCCUCCAGAGAGAUACAGGAACACUUUCCAGUUCAUUCUGGGAGCCCCUCAAGCCAUGCAGCACAAGUCGCCCGAGCUGCCCAUGGUUUACCUCAACAAGGGCCAGUUCUACCCCAUCUCCCUUCAGGGGGUGGACAGCUCAGCCAGUCUGAUCCCCAACAAAGUCAAGACGGUGGUCAUGGCGGUGUUUGAGAACGACAAGAGCGCAGAGAUUCAGCUGAGGUGCUGGAAUCACUGGCACGCACGGCAGCCGACCGUUAAGCAGAGAGUCAUUGACAUCGCUGACUACAAAGAGGUAUUCAGUGGCAUCAGCCACGUGGAAGAGGUGGCCUUCAACGCUUUGUCCUUCAUCUGGAACCCCAAUGAGGAAGCUAAGGUGUACAUUGGCAUUAACUCUCUGAGCACAGACUUCUCCUCUCAGAAGGGAGUGAAGGGGCUUCCUCUCAACCUCCAGAUCGACACAUAUGACUUCAGCAGCGGCACCAACCGCCUUAUCCACAGAGCAGCCUGCCAGGUCAAAAUCUUCUGCGAUAAGGGUGCAGAGAGGAAGAUGAGGGAUGAAGAGAGGAAAAGGAGCAAGAGGAGAGUCAAGACCAUCAUUGACUCAAGCAACAACACCAACAAGUCAGUAGUGUCCAGCUCAAUGGGAAGUGGCAGCACCUUCUUCAAGACCCUGGAGGACCACGUCACCAACCCUGUCCUCUUCAUCCCAGAGAUGCACCUCUCCAACAUGCAGCGCUGCGGCCUGGCACCCCCCACAACACUGGAGGAGGUUGAAAAGAGCUCACUGAAGAGACUUUACCCUAAUCGACUGGAACAAAGCAAUGGUAGCCCACCACCAAGCAAGCAGGCCAGAUGCGAGGAGCAGCAGCGAGUACUCCUGUACGUGAGAACCGAGUCAGAGGAAGUGUUCGAUGCUCUCAUGCUCAGCAGCCCAACCCUGAAAGGCCUAAGACAAGCGAUUUCUGAAAAGUACGCCAUGCAACAGGACACCAUUGGGAACAUCUACAAGAAAUGCAAAAGAGGGAUUUUCGUCAACAUGGAUGACAACAUCAUUGAACACUACAGCAACCACUCAGCAUUCCUCAUAGAGAUCUCUGAAAUCAUGUGCGGUCAGUUCCAGGUCACUCUCAUGGAGUUAUGAAGAGAGGGGGCGGACAUUUUUGAUGUUCGGCCCACCCCAUUGCAAAGUGUGGCCAAUCAAACUGCCUGCCGAUUUCAACUUUUUAAGCACUACUCUGUGAGAGACUCGAUUGGCUAGCCCAAGAUGACAAAGACCAAUGAGGCCAAAGAAGACCAGCUACACCCACCAUUAGUUCAACCAUCGAACCGACUUCAGACCAAGAGCUUUAUACCAAUGCCAGUCACUUCCUUUGUAAAUACAAUUUAACCCCCUUAUGACUUUUUACUGUAGUAUAUAUUUUAUAACAGAGUGAUUCUGAUGAAUUAUGCUGUAAAUAUUUUAUGUAAAUAGAAAUUAAUAUGACAUAUGAGUGAUAGUAUCACCCAUUUUCCACAAACAUCCAAAGCUAUGUAUUUCCAUUUCAGGAGACAUACCGUCCAUGUAUGCUGUCAACUAUUCAAAAAGACUACCAUUCUUGCUGCUUUUCAUGUACUUAUAAUUUCUUCCAAGGGAUCUCAAGUAAUGGGAAUGAUGCCAUUGUGUUGGAUUAUAUAUGUUUUUCACUAUAUUACAGAUGUGGGAUCUUAAUUUGUGCCAGUUUGCUACAGCAGGAAAAUAAUCCUGCAGCAAUAGGGAAUGUGAAGUAUUAUGUGGAUUAUAAUAAAUUGACAUUUCUGUAGGGGUUGAUACAUUUUGCAUAAGGGAAAAUCAAGUGACAUUUCUAAGUGGAAGCAAACUUUAAAACCCCUUUUUAAACCUCAAAUACACUACGAGUUAAAAAUUUCCUGCAAUAGGGUGAUCAAUUAAGAUCCUACAACUGUGUAUUUCUCUGACCAUAAUGUUUGCUAUUAUAGUGCUACCAAUAGUAUAAUGCUGUAGCCUGUUAGUUUCACACCCCAGAAUUCUCCAACCAGGGACUUUUUUUAGAACCAAAGUCACACAUUUCCCACUUCGGCGAGUCUUGCCUUCACAAAAACCUGAGUGGCCUUCUUUCAUAGAGGACUGUACACAUUUCUAGGUUGUAUUGUAACCAUCACAUUUUUCCCCUAAGGACCUGUGCCUGAACCACUUGAUACCUGAUCAACCCCUGUCAAAAUCUUUCAGUUGAGUUUACUUGUAUGUUUUUGCAACAUUUCAAUUCUCUAUCUAUAUCCCUGUAAUGUAUAUUAUGUUUUUAGCAUGGCGACCCUUUUGUAUUGAUACUCUUCUUAGUUUUUUUUGUUUUUGAAAGAAUAUAAAAAAUAUACGAAAUAAAAUGUUGUCUUUUAGUGGUUUUAGUAUGCUAAAGUUUGAAGAUGACUUAAAAUAAAUUCACUCAAAUCUUA